CGAGUUGAUGAGAAUGUGUACAUCGCGGGUCAAAUACAUGCAGAUUCGUUACAGAACAUCAAAGAUCUCGGAGUGAAGUCAGUUAUCAAUCUGAGAGAUAAAUCAGAGCUCGGUUUCGAAGAUCUAUCAUUCGAGCUCAGCAAGAUUGGUGUUGAAUGCAUUAAUGAUCCUCUGGAUUACGAUAUGCGGGCCGAUACUGACAUGGAUCAAGUUUUGUCAGUUCUUGACAAAUGCAAAAAACCAUGUUUGGUGUUUUGUCAAGUUGGACUCAGAGCAGCUGCAGUUGGUGUUGCAUUCGCAACGACUAGAAAG